CAGUACCGAAUAACACCCUCACUCAGCAGAGGCUUAUGGACGAACUACUACGCUCAAAUCACCCCAAUAUGCCCGUUUUAAUACCAUUGCAAGAUCAAGAUGCUCGCAACUCCUCGAUUCCGUGGUCAGCAUACAUGACUACUUCUUCAGAGAAUAGGGAUGUUGCCGAAGAUUUAUUCAGACAAAGUGGGGAGUCACUCGGCAAUGAACAUGCAGGGACCCAUGCCUCUUCUCAAAUUCCGUCGGUUCAUGCAGACCAAGCAAAUAGUGCUACUGACUCGAAUACGGGCGAAGGAGCCUCGCGAAAUGCUGCACAAAGCUCCAUCGAAGACCGCAGAUCCGCAAAUCGCACCCGAUCAAAGAGCGCGCAGGCAGACGAUAAUUCCCCUAAAACGAAACCACGGUCGGAAAAGCGGAAAACUAUACGCGAGAUUCAACAGCUCGAAUCUAACGAUUUUGAUGAUGAUGGAGCUAUUGGCUUACCAAAGGAGCGGUAUAAGCCGAGACCCAGCAGAUCGCGGUCUACGAAUGUGAUCUUGGAAGAACCCAUCGACUUCUCUGUCCGACCUGAAAAAGCUAUGAAGUCGCGGUCCAAGCGUAACAAUACUACAGGGUCAAUUGGCCAUUUGGUCCUUUCAAGCUCUGAGAAAGCAGAGAGGAUUUGCGCUAUGGGCUUCAGCCCUUCAAACGCGAAGCAGGCCUUGAAGGCUUGUGACAACAAAUUUGACCAAGCCGUGGAAUGGUUGCUCAGUCGCCCAGGUUCUAGCAAAGGUCAACACGACGCCCCAACAGCAGCUCACCCAGAUUCAUCGCGGGUGAUUACGGAAGAAGUCACAGAGGGUCGGAUUUUGAAUGUUGCACACGACCAAUCUCCACUCAAGAGGCAAGUCUGGGAAAUGCUUCACGUUGCAAUACCGACAGUUAAGUCUCCGCAUGGGCGGAAAACUGAGAACUGCGAAGGGGGCACUGAACACAAAAAGGGUGCACAGGAUCAUGGAGAUGUCAACGAUCUUAUCUCAGCGAAAUUGCCUCACGAGGCCAAAGCGUCUGAGUCGAGCCCAAUGAAUCUAAAGCAUUCGGUGCGGCCUGAAGAUGUGACGACAGAUGAGCGUAGGACGAAGCGCAGAAAGACGGCAGUUUUAGAGGAGACGAGAGACACAAUCACAGCUGGCGUUCCAUUGCACUCUGCUGGGGAGAAGAAGAGGGGUCGCGGUCGUCCUCGGCGGUCUGAGAAAGAAGCGGAGACAUCAAUUGCGCUCCAUGGAGAGGCUAGCAUGAGUGUGGGAGAGAGCGACUCUACAGGAUAUGUGGUCCAGGUACAAGAUGAGUGUAAGAAACGAGAAGGACCUCCAAAGGAGACGGAGAACACAUCCAACUUCGCGAUUGAAACAGUGUUGCCCCCAAACACGCCGCCUGAGAUCGCAACAGACGGUACUACAUCAACUGGCUCCGCUGGCAAAAUCGAGACAAAGUUGCAGAAGCCGAGAAGGGGGACUAGCGGCUCCCUGUCGCCUUCAGGUAAGUCUAAAGUUCCUCUCAGGGUGGGGCUGAGCAAGCGGGCGAGAAUUGCCCCUUUGUUGAGGGUUAUGAGAAAAUGAUUGCACGCACGGGGCAAAUUCCGCAGUGUUCAGGGCCGGGCAUCACGGUGGUGUACUUAAAUAUGGUCCCAAGAACGGGCAUGACGGGGAGUUUGGUUCGGGAGCAAGGCGGCAUAUACCCACGGCAGCGUUUCCAUCUUUCGCGACGAGGCCGAAUGAAAAGCAAUAAUAGAACACAUGACGCCC